AUGGACCGUAUUACGGACUCUGAGCCGGCUGCGUUGGAUUUUUCCGCCCCGGCAGAUUCCCAGCAGCCGGCUCCGCCUCCUCCAGUUCCUCCGCCGCCGCCGCCACCUCCUCCCGAUGAAGGUGAGGUAUUAGAUAUCGCAGUCGCAGUGAAGAGGAAGCGACGGCCGUAUCGCCACAAAAAGUUUGGUUGCACUGUAGCUGAACAGAUCAUGAAAGCAGUGGCGGCCACUAAAGAGCGCCGGGGCCUGUCGGUAGCUGCGAUGAAGAAACUGUUGUCGGCCAGUGGUAGCAACAUGGGGCGCAACAGAUCGCGGCUCAACCAGGCCGUACGGAGUAUGGUCAAAAGGAGUUCUCUGGUGAAAACAUCAGGUAGUCUUGGUGGAUCGAAGUCGGCCCGUAUGGAUGGAGGAGCUAGUAGCAAACUGAAAGCAUCUUCCCAGAGAAAAAUGCCGGGCGUCGUCACACUUUCUGAGGCCCGCAGACGGAGGCGGGUGGUGAACCGGCGGAGGGUAGAACGAGUGAAACGACGGUCUAGGCAGCCAAAGAAAUCCUCAAAGGUAAAUAAACGGACGGGACGGAGUUUAAAACGAUCGACGGCUUCGAAAAAAGGGGCCCGAAUGAGGAAGUCGGUCGACAUCGAACCGAACUCACCCCGGCAUGAAGAUCCCAAUCCCCAACCGCAGCUUGAACCUAAUCCCCACCCUCUCGUCGCCAACAGUAGAGAAUCAACUUGUGGAAAAAAUGGCUCUUAUCAGAGCCUUUAA